AACGUAACAACGGAACAAUCAAACAUGUACUCCAAGGUGAUCGUCUUCUUGUGCGCCGCUGGCAUCGCAUCUGCUGGCAACCUUCUUCACGCCGCACCCCUCGCUUACAGCGCUCCCGUUUCAUCUGUGUCCUACUCUUCACAAUCGACGUCCCAUGGUAGCCCAGUUGCUACUUACGCAGCACACUCCGCACCUGCCAUCGCUACCUAUUCUGCCGCUCCAGUAGUUGCUAAGGCAAUUUCACCAGCAGUUUCUUACUCUUCACUGUCCCACUCUGCUCCUGUUGCAUACGCAGCGAGCCCCUACGCCACCUAUGCAGCUUCACCAGCUGUUUCUUACUCCUCAUUGGCCCAUACCGGUCCCGUAACGUAUGCUGCGCAGCCAAUUGUAACCAAGACCUUAGCCGCUCCAGCUUUGUCGUACUCUUCGAUCGCAAAUCACGUUUCGCCUGUGACCUAUGCUGCUAGCCCCAUUGUGGCCAAGACUUACGCAGCCCCAGCAUACACUACCUAUGCUGCUGCUGCUCCUGCCAUUUCCACUUACGCUACCGCUCCCGUACUUAAGUCUGCCAUCUCAUACUCUGCCGCCCCAGCUGUGUCUCACGUCACCUACACCGGCUUAGGAGCUAGCUACGGCUGGUAAAUAAAACAAUUGUUAAUACAUAUAUAGAAUAUUUUAUUAUUUAUA